UUCAGCAGAGCCCGCGGGCCGAGGGGCUCCGCCGCCAGCGCUGCACGGCGGGAGCGGGAGCGGGAGGCGGCCGGGCGCCCCAGCAGCUCGCCGGCCCGGCGCUUCCUCCUCGCCGCCCUCCGCCAGCCACCAUGUCCGACCCCGCGGUCAACGCGCAGCUGGACGGCAUCAUUUCGGACUUCGAAGCCUUGAAAAGAUCUUUCGAGGUCGAGGAGGUCGACACGCCCAACUCCACCCCACCCCGGAGGGUCCAGACGCCCCUGCUCCGGGCCACCGUGGCCAGCUCCACCCAGAAGUUCCAGGACCUGGGGGCGAAGAACUCGGAGCCGCCCGCCCGCCAUGUAGACGCCCUCAGCCAGCGGUCCCCCAAGGCUGCCCUGCGAAGGGUCGAGCUGUCGGGGCCCAAGUCAGAGCCCAUGUCCCGGCGCACCGAGAUCUCCAUCGACAUCUCAUCCAAGCAGGUGGAGCCCGCCGGCACCCCCGGGCCCUCGCGGUUCGGGCUGAAGCGGGCCGAGGCGCUGGGCCACAAGACGCCGGAGCCCACGCCGCGGAGGACGGAGAUCACCAUCGUCAAACCCCAGGAGCCAGCCCACCGGAGAAUGGAGACCCCCGCCGCCAAGGUCUCCGAGGUGUCUACCGCCCCCACGGCCGACCCCGCCCCCAGGAGGGUGGAGAUCCAGGUGCCCAAGUCGGCCGAGGUGCCCACCGCCCCCGUCCCGUCCCUGGAGAAUUCAGAGCCCACCCCGCUGUCUCAGCUGCAGAGCAGGCUGGAGCCCAAGCCCCUGCCUCCCUCGGCCGAGGCCCCACCCAGGAGCCAGGAAGCCACCGAGGCAGCUCCCGGCUGCGCUGGCGACAUGGCUGACACCCCCAGGGACCCCGGGCUCAAGCCGGCGCCUGCGCCGCGGAACGAGAAGGCCCCCGUGGACUUUGGCUACGUGGGCAUCGACUCCAUCCUGGAGCAGAUGCGCAGGAAGGCCAUGAAGCAGGGCUUCGAGUUCAACAUCAUGGUGGUCGGGCAGAGCGGCUUGGGGAAGUCGACCUUGAUCAACACCCUCUUCAAAUCCAAGAUCAGCCGGAAGUCAGUGCAGCCGCCCAGCUCAGAGGAGCGCAUCCCCAAGACCAUCGAGAUCAAGUCCAUCACGCACGACAUCGAGGAGAAGGGCGUCCGCAUGAAGCUGACGGUCAUCGACACGCCGGGCUUCGGGGACCACAUCAACAACGAGAACUGCUGGCAGCCCAUCAUGAAGUUCAUCAACGACCAGUACGAGAAGUACCUGCAGGAGGAGGUGAACAUCAACCGGAAAAAGCGCAUCCCCGACACGCGCGUGCACUGCUGCCUGUACUUCAUCCCGGCCACCGGCCACUCCCUCAGGCCCCUGGACAUCGAGUUCAUGAAGCGCCUGAGCAAGGUGGUCAACAUCGUGCCGGUCAUCGCCAAGGCCGACACGCUGACCCUGGAGGAGAGGGUCUACUUCAAACAGCGGAUCACCGCCGACCUGCUGUCCAAUGGCAUCGACGUGUACCCCCAGAAGGAGUUUGACGAGGACGCGGAGGACCGGCUGGUGAACGAGAAGUUCCGAGAGAUGAUCCCGUUCGCCGUGGUGGGCAGUGACCACGAGUACCAAGUGAACGGGAAGAGGAUCCUCGGCAGGAAAACCAAAUGGGGCACCAUCGAAGUUGAGAACAUCAUGCACUGUGAGUUCGCUUACCUGCGGGACCUCCUCAUCAGGACGCACAUGCAGAACAUCAAGGACAUCACCAGCAGCAUCCACUUCGAGGCCUACCGCGUGAAGCGCCUGCACGAGAGCAACAUGGCCAACGGCGUGGAGGACCAGGAGCCGGGGGCCCAGGAGAUGUAGACGCCGCCGCCCCUAGACCCAGCCCCCAGCCCCCCACCCCCUCUCCCAGCCCCAGCCCGCCCCUCGCCCCGUUCAUUUUAUGUCCUCCCCUCCAUUCGGCAUCGCUCUCCGCCCCUCCCCACGAUGCCAGGACCGACACCGAGUGCCCCCGAGUAUGAUUGUUACUGGCCCACCCACGGGGGCCGGGCGUGGAGGCCGGCGCUCUGGCUGCCCCUCAGGUCCAGGGACGCUGGACCCCAGGCCUCCUGCUCUUGCUCUUGGUCCCCCCACCCCCGUGCCCCCACUGUCUCAGCCCCGGGAGCCGGGGGGGUGUGCCCAGGAGGGGUGGCGCCCGCUGCGGGACCUGGAGCCCCUUGCUGCCUCCACCCCCUGACAUGGCGUGGCCAUAACUCAGACCACAUAACUCAGAGAGCCCCUGACCCCUGUACCCCCGCGGGGAGACUAGUUAAUUCCACGAGACGCAAGUUGCCAAUUGCUUAGACGUGGCGAGCCCGUCGGCUGCCGCCCGCCCACCCACCUGCGAACCCGCCCUGGAGCGGGAAGUGCCUUUACCCAGCCGCCCCCUCGAGCCCACACUCCCGCGGUCCCCUCGGACGGGAGCGGAGACAGGUUGGAGAGGAAGGUGUGUCCUCGUUGACCUGUGGUGCCCCUGUCGUCCCCACUGGCUGGGAUUUGAUUGAGGAUUCAAAGGAGGAAAAGAUGCACCCCCCGCCCCCCAAAUUUUAGUAAGGUCAAGCAAGUGAGCCUGGUGGGGAGCUGAGUGAGGAAGUGAUGGCCAGUGCCCAGGAGGGGCCUCUGGACCAUGGCUGGGCUGCUCAGUGGCCCAAGGGGCCUUGGUCCCUGCGCCCCCUGCCUGUGGGCUGAGCAAGUGUGCAGGUCUGUCUGUCUGGACACCCAUUUGGCCCUGGUGCUCUGGUUAAAUGAAGGCCCAGGCCACCCCAGGUGCCCACUCAGCCCCCCUGGCCAUGCCCUUGCUGGCUGGAAGGUGGGAGACCUUGACUCUGUGGCCCUGAGUGUGCCUGGGGCCUGCACCCCAGGACCCCCAAGAGGGGAAGGCCAGGAUUUCCCACGAGAACAGCCCAGGGACCCCCAUGCUCCCUCAGCCCCUCUCCACAAGGGGACCAGCAGGGACCGCGUAUGCAUGCGCAGCAGGCUUCCUCCUGCCUCGAGAUGGGUGCGGGGCGCCUGCAGACCCCAGGGGAGCAGCGGGAGAUGUGGGGUGCAGACAGACCCGGCGUUGGCUCCCCGGUCACCAGAGGAGGACCCCUCGGUGAAACAGUUUACUUACCGACUUGCCGUGUUUUUGCCAAAACCGCGAUGUUGAAGGACGUGUCCGCUUCCAGCGUCAGAGUGCGAGGUGGGGCACCUCCCGGGCGCCCGCCGCCUCCGCCCCAGCCUGAAACCCUCCCUCACGGGGGUGCGUCCGCAGUGGCCUUUCGCUAGGUGCCUCCUGAGAAUCCGCCUCUUUUGUAUAAAUAACAAAGUGUUGGAAAUGUAUUUCCUGAAAUAAAUGUUCCAAAUGCAAACC